GAUAUAACAAGACUGUGCAGUUUACAAGCGGAUUAUUAAGUGUUCCCGGUAGUAAUUAUUAAUUAAAAUUUGUUUGAGUUUGCUAAUCGAUUGCUUCUGUAUAAGUAACAAUAAAAAAAACAUCACUUGAAAAGUAAAUUACUCAAGAUGGCUUCAAAACGUAAAUCCGAGCCUGUUAAGAAGACUGCGAAAAGAGGAAAGAAGAAGAAUGACGAUUCCUUCGAUUCUGAUUUAAGUGAUGAUUAUGGUGAUGAUGUUGGUGCCAAUGGUAAUGGAAAUGCUCAGCCAGUGACUUUUGACGAGCGCGCUGUCUUACCAAAAUUGCCAGAAGAGUUGCUUGCAUCUCGAGAUCGUGAACCUGGAAAGUUAUUAAUUGCUGGAAUGAUUACAUGGGAUAUUGUCGGAAAACGAGCUGAUGCUAAAGGAGGAAUAAAAAUUCGACCAAACUUGUGGAAUUUCCAUCGAUUUUCUGAUGAAAAAUAUCGUCGAGUUGUCAGUGGAUGUUCAUCAGCUCACAGCGUUCUCAUUUCAAUGGAUCGAAAAGCUUUGACUUUUGGACGCAAUAAUUGUGCACAAUUGGGACAACCUGUCUUGAAAUCUUUCGAAAAGCCCACAGCAGUUCCUGGACUGGAAGGUUUCAACAUCAUCGAUGCAGCAUGUGGAAGAAACCACACACUUUUCUUGACUGACACUGGACUCGUCUAUGCAUGCGGCGAUAACAAAUCGGGUCAGUGUGGUGUUGGAACGUCAACUGCCAUGAUAACAAAAGUUACAAGAAUCAACUAUACAGGCCCGCCAAUCAUUAAAGUUGGCUGUGGCGCUGAAUUUUCAGUUAUUUUGGAUGUGAAGGGAAACCUUCAUACAUUUGGACUGCCAGAGUACGGUCAAUUAGGACAUAACACUGAUGGCAAAUACUUCAUCACUUCAAGCAAAAUGUCAUUCCAUUUCGAGUUGUCACCAAAGCGUGUGCCACUUUAUAUUGAAAAAGCUAAGGAUGGACAUGUAACCCCAGUUGACGAUGUUCAGAUUGUUGAUUUCGCUUGUGGCAACAAUCAUACAGUCGCAGUUGAUUCGAAGAAACGUGCAUUCAGUUGGGGCUUUGGUGGCGUUGGACGUUUGGGUCAUGCUGAACAAAAAGAUGAAAUGGUUCCACGUCUUAUCAAAUUUUUCGAUUCAUCAAAUCGUGGAGUGCGAAGAAUUUUCUGUGGUUCUUCUUUCACAUUGGCUAUUCCAGAUCAGGGGCAAUUGUAUCUUUUUGGCCAGAAUAAGAAAACAGGAGAGGCUAACAUGUAUCCGAAGCCUGUUCAAGAUCUCGCUGGCUGGAACAUAACUGAUCUCGGAUGUGGUUACACUUCUGUUGUAAUUUCUGCUGAUGAUUCUUUAAUUGCUUGGGGAGCUUCACCGACUUUUGGUGAAUUGGGUUUGGGUGACUUGCAAAAAUCGUCAGCUCAACCUAAAGAAGUGACAAAGAUGUCGGAAAUGAAGGUUUCUCAAAUAGCAUUGGGAUAUUCUCAUACUAUGAUGCUGGUAAACACAGACGAUGAGAAGACAAAGCUGAAGUACGACAAAUUGAAUGAAUUUGUUGUCGAUUAAAAUGGAUCUCUUUAUCCCUUUCGAACAAUUCAAGGAUCAAAGUCCCAAAUUAACCAUCCAAUGCUAUAAUUUAAUUUUUCUUAAUAAUUUCAAUUUUUUUUAAUUCAAUUUAAUACACGUAAGAUCUAAAAUAAUAAUUAAAUCUUCAAAUGACUCCACUAAAACAUAAUUGAUGACAACAUACCAUCGAAUGAUUGAAUAGUUUCGACUAUAUUAAUUGAUUUGAUCUUAAAAUAUGUAUAAGGUAAUUGAAAGAUCUUUUUUUAAUGAUUUGUAUCCAAUUCUAAGAACCAGAUAAAUAAAAUAGCUUUUAAUAAAUUUCUUGAGCUUAUAUUUCUUUAAUUUCCAUUUCAAAGAAUUUCAAUCUUAAUCAGCUUUUCUAUUUCAGUUACAAUCAAUAAAAGCCUUUCAGCAUUGAGGGAAUGUGUUGAUUUCAAUUAAUUCAGAAGUUAAUACAACAUCGGCAAUUGACAUUUUCAGUUUGUGUUGCUCAAAAUAAAUUCGAACAUUGACUUGAAAGAGAAUCUCUGAAAAUAAAAGUAAAUAAAGAGAUUUUCUUUAAAUUGAAUAAAGG